CGUGCACCGUAGGUCAGAGUUGGCAUCUGAUUUCAUGUUUAAAGCCAAGCAACAUCCCAAGCCACUGACUCAUCUUUGCUAGCCACUUCCAAGUUGUCAUUUGGAUGUUGAUUCAUCGACGACAUUUGUUGUAAUUUCUGAGGGUAUUCCAUUGGAAGUUAUGGGGGAGCCAAAGCAGGCCCGGAUAGAUGAGUACGAGCAUUUGCCAAGCAUUCGCUCUGAGAUGUGGAACCAUUCGGUGUGGAAUGUGAGGGAGCUGAAGGAACAGAGAUACAGAGCAGCAAACUUCGAUUCAGAAGACUUCGAAGGCUUGCGCGAGCUGCUGCUGCAGGAGGACAACACUCUGGAGCACGUAAUGCUGUCCUGCGAGGGCUACCACAAAGUAGAGGGGUUUCUAGAAGCAGCUGUGUCCAAGCUAAGCAUCCUUCGCAUUAGAAAUUACAAAUUUGGCGAGGAGGUGAUUUGCAGCUUGGAUGAAGCUAUUGCUGAUGCCAAGCACGAGAAUAUGCCAAUCAAGCUCAAGACGCUUCUUCUAAAUUCUUGUGUUGUAGAUUUAGAUGCUUUAGCAGGAUCAACACUUCCAAAGUAUUUAGAACGUCUGGAGCUUUAUAAUUGCCGUUGCUCGCGCAACCUGGAGAAGCUGCUGCAAGAUCCAGCCUGCAAGAUCUGGGAGCUGUCCCUCAAUCAGAAUGAAUACUUGACUCCUGCCCUCUUCCAGGCUGGAACAAGUCUUCGGAAGCUUACGCUGGUCGACAUCCCAAAUGAUCAGGCUCUACUCAGCCAAAUCUGCGGAGCAAUAGAGGGCCUUGGAAUUUCAAAUGAGCCCAGCCGUCACGACAUCUCCGUGCUGGCAGGUUGCAUGAACAACAAUGCCAACUCCAAGGUCUGGUUCCUGGAGUUAACACAUUUAGAUUUAUCUUUCGCGCAGCUCGUGGGCCAGCUGCUGAAGAACCCAUAUUGCAAGCUUCGAAGUUUCUCCUUGUUACCUGGGGUAAAGAAAGAAAGCCCCUCCUCACGUGACCUUCAUCUUCUCAAGGAGUAUCAAGAUGCGAUUCUCAGCAAUUUGGAGGCCAACUACAGCAGCCGGAUCCAGAGACUGCGCAUUCGCGGGGAAUGGGCUUCCAAACUGUUGGAGGACAGAUGGUUGAGGGUGAAGUACCGGAAUGCUCUAUUUCAGAAGAGCCCCGUUCUUGCACAAAGCGCUCCAGUCACACCAUCAACUGCCAAGCUGUUCAUGUGCGGCCACACUGCCUCGGGCAAGACCACCAUCUCCACCAAUCUGGUCCGCCCCUAUGCAGCCCUCUGGCAGUGUGUGAAACCGCCAUGUCAGGAUCAUGCAUCAACGGUGGGAAUUGAGAGGAGGACUCUCAGAUUGGGAGAGGGGAAGAAACUCCUGAUUUACGAUCUGGGAGGCCAGGAGGUCUACCACGCUUUUCAUCACUAUUUCCUCAGGGGCAGCGACAAAGAUCUCUUCAUGGUGGUGUGCAAGGUUGGAGGUCCUGGAGGUGAGAUGAAAGCUGAGCUCCAAUACUGGCUUCGCUUCAUAGCGGCCCACCAAACUGCAACACCAGCUAGGAAACCCACCAUUUUCUUAGUACUCAACAUCUUUGUUCGUGAUUACCGUCUUUUCGAAGAAGCUCAAACAGCUGCGACGUCACUGUUCCUCGAGUAUAAGGACAGGCUAGACUUUGUUCAGGGCCAACGUGAUCAUCACUAUUUCGAGGUGAAUGGGUUGAAUGCUCGUCAGGUACAGAAGGAACUGAAGCCCAAGCUGGCAAUAGCAGUGGGCGAAAUGAUCAAUGAAGUUCCUGUGAUUCCCUGGACUUGUGAUGAGGUUAUCAGAAGGCGGGCUUCAUCCACACCAUGGUAUCAUAUCCACACACGGGCACAAACAAUUGUCCAGCAGAGGGUGGUCGACCUACAUGAGAUGUCCAAGGCUUGGUUCCAGGGGGAGAACGAAGUUCAGGCAUUUGCUGCACAAUACACAUUCAUCUGCCUACAUGACAUGGGAGAAGCUGUCUACUUUGGGGCAGAUGACACAUAUCAAAACACGGAUCCAAACGACAAGGAAGCUGCAUUGAUUGUCAACAAUGCAGUUCUAGACAUGCCAUGGUUUCUCCACACUGUGUUAGGAAUUUUCAUUCCUAAGCAAGACAGAAACGAUACGAUGAAGUGGGGGGAACCCAAGUGGUCUGCUGCGAAAGCAGUACAAGAGCUCAAAACACUUGGGGAGACUGCAGAGGGCAACAUCUAUUUCCUGCUCAAGCUGCUCUGUGAGAUGGGGGUUCUCAUUCCUGAUGGCAUGAGGAGCUGGGACAUAAGGUGGUCAGAGCCACGAAAUCGGCCAGAACACCUCAUUGUGCCUGCAUUAUUGAGUGAUGAGUUCACAGGAUGGAUUGAAAGCGAGCAAACAUAUGAUUGUUGGGGUCGGAGAUUGCAAGCAGACGACACUAUGAAGGGCUUCGUUCUUCUCCCAUCAGGACUAUUUGCGGUUAUUCAAGCCAAGGUGAAGGAAAUGUGUGACAGAUGGGGCCAUGGAAGUAAGAUUGGUGCUGGUUGGGUUUCCUUCCAAGAGGAUCUCAUUCAAGUUCUGGUGACUAUUGGUGGGGAUUAUAAGCAUUGGACAGAUCGGCAAUGGGUGGAUAUUAUGUUGAUGGUGCCCAAGGAGGAAAAGAGGGGACUCAAAGGGGAGCAGUUCAUGAAGGAGAUACGAGAUUGUGUAAUAAAGGAAACUAAUAGGGCCUGUCCUUUCAUCAAGCUUGAAGAACAUGUUUUGAAUCCAGGGAAGGUAAGACAGUUUGGAAAAGCAUCAGGACAACAGGGGUCAUGCAGCAAGAGCUCUCGGGCACUGCAAGAAGUUAAAAAGAUGGUAGCUAGGGAGGGGUUUGAUUAUCAUUUUACUUGGGAUUUUGGUGACUCCACUAGUGCCAUGGAACUCUUGAUGCAAAGUGAAGUCAACGAGAUUAUUCAGCGAUGUAAGGGUGUUAUUGAAGAGGUUGUCACAGAAUACAACCAGCACAUAGUGCCAGUGUAUCAAAACCAGCAGCAACAGCUUGUGCAGGUCGAGAUCCCAAAGUUUGAAAGUGAAGACAUGAACAAGCUUGCCAACUUUUGCUAUCAAUUACACAAGCAUCAAGAGAAAUCUAUGCAGGGGAUUCAUUUAUAUAUGGAGGACUUUAAGGUCUCCAUAACAGAUAUCAAAGAAUCUUUACAGAAGCUGCAAAAGGGCCUGAAGGACACAGAAAACGCAUUGAUCAAGAGCUGCUCAUCACUGUUGGAAUCCAUUAAGCUGGAGUGACCGAAACUCCCACACCUUACAAUGGAGUCAAAUCUGGUGCUAAAAUAUUCACCACUGAUUGGGAAACAGGCAAAUAUUAGCUACUUAUGUGAGCAUACAAGCGGCUGUCACCCAGUUGAUUUGAAGAAGUACCCAGGAGUACCAAUCACUAUCCCAAAUCAAUGGUUCAAAAAGUAUAGCAACGUCUUUGUCCCAGGCAUCACAAUAUGUUUCACCCUUGCAAAGCUCAGUAAAGUGGCAUUGCCUGUGGGAGGGGAGCUGGUCGGCACCUUGAUUGAGCUUGGUGCAAAUGGCUUGAAGGCUACAAUCGACUCCUGCUUUGAAGGCGAUCUCAAUAACAAGUUGCAACCUGCAUCAGAAGAUGACAUUGUGGAGUUGUUUGAGUAUGUGAAAAAGAAUUCACCUGAACGAUAUGGUGAGAACCGAAUCUUGAUGAUGAAGAAAUGCUUUGGACUCAUCAAAAGUCCAAGUGGCUGGGUUUGUGAAGAUCACCAUUAUUGAAGAAGAAGGGCACAGGCUUUGUAAAACUACUAAAAUGAAGAAGCCGUGAAGUGAAGGAAUUUUUAUUGAAAGAAAAAAAACAAAACAAAGCAGCGUAAUGUUUUUGCUGAAAUGCCUGGGUUAUCCACUUAAUAUAUUGUAUGUCGAAAGCU